UUAUAUAGAGAAGGACCCAUAUUCAUUUCUUAGCAUCUGUGUGGGUUAAUUGGAACAUUAUAGCGCGGGAUAACAUGAAAUCGUGCUGUCAAGUGAGAAACGACGAUUGAAUCCACUGAAAUCUUUUCUGCCUGUGUGGAACAGUACUGGACGCGAGUGGGCGUUCAAGAAGAUUUUGUUAGACUCUCACAUGAGGAGCUCACCUGGUCAUGUCGCUUUAUCUUUAACUAUCACCGCAUGUGGACCGCCGAUUGGAAAGUCCUGAAAGUUAACUUCAGUCAGAGGGAAUAAAGAGAAGUUGGUUCCUUUCAGUCGUCCUCGAAGACAGGGCGAUGUCCGGCGACUGGUCCUGCGUAUUGGUCACAAAGCAGUCAGUCCUAGAAUGAAGGCGCGUCCCCUGGCAAAUCGAGCCUGCUUACAACGCUCUACAGCGCCAACGCGUGAGAUGUGUGUUUUUUGGGCGAGUACCCAGAUACAGAGAUUGAAGAAAACGCUGGUCAUUUUAUUUUACGUGUACAUGCUGAGUUCUGUGGUUCUGGCCGUCCCUCGGCCUUCAGGGCCCGUCGUGUCCGAGGAUAUGGGCCGACAAGUGAUAACAUUUUAUAACAAACCAUGUAUUCCUGUAGACCCAAAGCUGCUUCAUCAGCGCAUGGGCCCAGCCUUCGACUCGGAACGAAUGGCAAUGGACGAGGAGUCGAUGAAACGAUCUGCGCUAAAAGCGCGGUCAUCAGAUCUUACCGAGGAAGAGGAGGGUAAUGAUGUAAAUGAUGAGGACUAUAAUGAGGAAGAGGACGAUGACGAGGGACUCGUCGAUGAAACAGAAUCUCAGGAAUCAGUGACUUAUUAUUCAGCCAGUGAUAGACGAUGGGCACGCCGGUAUCAUCGAAGUUCCCGCGUCGGUGGUAUCGCCCCAAGGAGACUUUUACAAUGUCAGAAACAAACGAAAGGCGCCCUUUGAACUCUGCGGUCAACAAGCGUAAAAUACGAAAGUCAUUGAAGUCUAUAUUAAAACGCUUAGAGCGCAAACAGAGGAAAAGGCGAAACCUCAUGAAAGACAGUUCCUCGUUUUACUUUCAUCCUCCGUGGGAAUGUGAAAUGAAAG